AUGCUACGUCGCAAUAAACUGGUGGAGGAGCGAGACUCCCACCCGAGCGCUCCCCUGCGCCGCGCCUCCGCGACGGGCCUGAGCCGGACCCAGGAGCUGCACACUCCCAAACGUUCUGCUCUUCCGCGGGGCUCUAGGUUCCACCGGCGCUUACCUCACGGCGGGAAUCACGUCGACGGGGGUGGGCGGGGCCAGACGGGUCACCGAGGUCAAGGAAGGCCGGCUGAUUUAGAGAAGGGCGGAGGGUUGGGGGGAGGGAAAAGGAAAACGAAAGAGAGACUGAGGCUGGGAAAACGCUUCGCCGCCUCCUCCUCUUCCUCUGGAAGAUAUCAUCUAUCUCGCCAGCAUCCAGGACGACUACCUACGCCACCGACUUUCAACACUCGCGAGAUUCCUUAUUGGCUCACUGACUGGGUCCUGAGCGCGCAUGCGCAUACUGCCCUCCUCACCCUUGGCCCGCCCUCUUCCAGACCUCUAGCCGGCUCGGGAGAGAAGAGUGGGCGGGACCUCCAGGGAGCGCUCGGAGGCGUAGGGGUCGGCGGCACUACCGGAAAACUUGCCUGGGUUUUGCGCUGCCCAUUCAAACGUGGAAGUCUUGUGUCUGGCCCCAAAACUUCUGCCGUAUCCGCUUAG